GAAAAUUAAGAAACCAUCCUUUUUUUUCCUUUUUUUUUUUUAUUUUUUUUUUCAAAGAAAAAACAAAAGAAAAAUGGCCAAGAUCUCUAGUAAAGAAGUUGUCGAAUUAGAAAGCAAUUAUAGUGCACACAAUUAUCAUCCUCUUCCUGUUGUUUUCUCUAAAGCAAAGGGUAUUUGGGUAUGGGAUCCAGAGGGAAAGAAAUACAUGGAUUUCUUAUCUGCUUAUUCUGCUGUAAAUCAAGGCCAUUGUCAUCCUAAAAUCAUUCAAGCUCUCUGCGAUCAAGCUUCCAAGUUGACUUUAUCUUCUCGCGCCUUUUAUAAUGACAUCUUUGGUACCUAUGCUAAAUACAUGCAUGACUCCUUUGGCUAUGAUAUGGUGUUGCCCAUGAAUACAGGUGCUGAAGCGGUUGAAACGGCCAUCAAGUUGGCACGUAAAUGGGGUUAUGAAAAGAAGGGUAUCCCUGAGAAUAAAGCGAUUGUCUUGAGUUGUGAGAAUAACUUUCAUGGUCGUACUGUGGGUGUUAUCUCGAUGAGUACAGACCCUGAAUCUUAUGGUGGCUUUGGACCUUAUUUACCUUUAGUGGGUCCUGUUAUUGAAGACACUACAAUUCGUUAUAAUAAUAUAGAUGAUCUUGAGAAAGUAUUGAAUAAGGUAGGAGACCAUGUUGCUGCCUUUUUAGUUGAGCCUAUUCAGGGUGAAGCAGGUAUUAUGGUGCCGGAUGAUGGCUAUUUAAAGAAAGCUUAUGAAUUAUGUAAGAAACAUAAUGUUUUAUUCAUUGCUGAUGAGAUUCAGACUGGUCUUGGCCGUACAGGUAAAAUGCUCUGUGUUGAUCAUGAUCGUGUACGUCCAGAUAUCGUCCUUCUUGGUAAGGCACUUUCAGGAGGUGUUUAUCCUGUGUCUGCUGUACUAGCAGAUCGUGAUAUCAUGUUAUGUAUCAAACCUGGUGAACAUGGUUCUACUUAUGGUGGUAAUCCACUUGGUUGUGCUGUUUCUAUUGCAGCUUUAACUGUUAUUAAAGAAGAAAACUUGGUAGAAAAUUCAGAAAGAUUAGGACACAUCUUUAGAGAAGAGCUCAAGAAGAUUAAAUCACCAUUAUUAAAGACAGUUCGUGGUCGUGGAUUAUUAAAUGCAAUUGUAAUUGAUGAUUCCAAAUCAGAAAGAACAGCUUGGGAACUUUGUUUAUUACUUAAAGAACGUGGUUUAUUAGCUAAGCCUACUCAUGUUAACAUCAUUCGUUUAGCUCCUCCACUUUGUAUUACUGAAGCUGAAUUAAUGGAAGGCGUUAAGAUUAUUGCUGAUGCAUUAAAAGAUAUCGAAACAAUGAAAAAGGAAGAUAUUCCUAAUGAGCUUGGUGCUUAGUAGAAAUGAAAUAAAAAAUAAU